AGUGGAAAACCUGGGUAACUGUCUUCUCUCCGUUUGCAUUGUUAGGUCAUCUACCUGGUAUAAACAUUACAAAUGCUGGUUGAAUUUUGUUAAAGCUUGUAAAAUUCUGUCACGGCCAAUGAUUAAAAUACAUGACGUGGGUCUUGCGCAUUCUCUGCUUGUAAAGUUCUGUCGUGAUGUCGAAAAGUUAUAUGGAACACAACGCAUUACACCGAAUAUGCAUAUGCAUACACAUUUGGCCGAUUGUAUUCUUGACUAUGGACCAGUGUAUAGUUUUUGGUUGUUCAGCUUUGAACGGUACAAUGGCAUACUGGGUAACUAUUCGAACAAUAAUAAGUCAAUUGAAUUGCAAAUUAUGAGAAAGUUUUUGAGAGAUCAGAACUUGAGAGAACUUGAAUUCCCAAAAGAAUGUGUGCAGCAUUUUAGCGAUUUGACUGAUAAACUACAACAGCGCGAAGGCCAUCAAUCUUGUAGCGAAGUAGUUGAUAGCAAGCUUGCAAUUGAUAUUCUUCAUUUGUGUGAUGGUAGGCUUGACAUUCGUGAUGAGUUAUGGUUUACUCUGGAUGGUUACUCCAUUGGUUUACCUCACGUUAUUGAACAGUUAGAUUGUGAUGAGCACGAGUACCUGAGUGCUGUUUACAAAAUAUUUCUUCCUGACAUACCAGUCGACAACAUUCCUUACCUCUACGACAAAUACGCGUCGAUCGAAUUUUCAGGGGAACGAUACGGGUCAGAGUUUUCCCGUCUAAGUCGUUUUGCUUACAUUUUAGCAAGGUGGGCAGGACGAUUCCAUGGAGGUGUGGAUAUGGAAGGUGUAGAGGAAAGACCGGGCAUUAUCGAUUGUUUCGUACGCCAGUCGAUUUCGUAUCGGGAUAAGGUACAUUCGUUUUGUUUUGCGCACGUUCGCUGGUUUCAACGGCACCCUGAACGAUUUCAUUAUGGUAAUGAUGGAGUUACGCCCGAGAUUUGGUGCUCAAACUUGUUCGAGAGUUUUGGUCCGGCGUCCUUUAUACCCGUUCAACGCAUAGCGCGAAAUUUAAUACCCGGUUAUGAUAAAGUUGAUGACGAAACCGUCUUGUUUGUUAUGCCAUUGGAAAGGCGAAUUCUUCUGUGAUUCAGAUGGAAUUUGGAGGCUAACUAGUUUAAGUCUGACUAUAGCACAUUCAAAUCAAUGCCCUUGAUCAUGGUUCUUCGUAGUGCUUUAAAGUUCGUAAUACCGUGCUGACAGAACUGUGACGUAUUUAAUACCCAGAAAUGGGGGCAGAUCAGGGUUAAAGUAACACAUAAUUAACGGCGUUAAGUGGUUUAAUACAUGAAUGCAUCCAUGCAUGCACGCUAUAUAACCAUAUGCCCUAGAUUAUAACCGCUAUUUGUAUUAUCGCGUUAUUAAUUCGUGUAAGCCCUAAUGGAUACUGAACAAUAUUAAUUUAUAGGUUCCUUGAAAGCU